CCCCAGCCCCAGCCGCAACCACUUAAUCCUCAAUCUCAACAACAACCUCAUACUCAAAUGCAAGCUCUACCUAAAGGGCCAACUCAACCACAGGUUCAACCUCUGGCACAACAGCAUCAAAACCAAGUCAACCCAGUGCAGCAGCUCCCACCUACUAUGCAACCUCAUGCCCAAAUUCCAUCACAAAUAUAUCCAGCUUCUGGUGCUCAUCCACCAUAUUCACAGACCUAUCCAAUGCAGCCUCAUUCACAACAAUAUGUGCAAGUGCCACAGUAUCAGCAGCCUCCCGCCCAGGUUCAUCCCCCUCCAUCUUCUCAAGCCCAACCACAUCCUCCUGUGCAACCACAACCUCAUUCACAACUCCAGCCGCAAAUAAAUGUGCAACAUCAUCCACAAUCUCAUGGCCAAUUGCGGCCUCCUCAGGUUGGCCAGCCUACUCAUGCACUGGGUCAGACCCUCCCUUCAACAGCCAAUGCAGUUUCAGGUUUCCAUUCCUAUCCACAAACCCAGAUCACGCAGCAAGUGGCUAUAGGGAUGUCACAGCAACCUCCAAUGUAUCCACAUCCUACUAGUGGGUCUACGCCUCUGGUUCAAACUCAUGGUCAGGUUCCUCAACCUCCCUUAAUGCGCCCACCUCUGGGUCUAAUCGGCAAUCAGCAACCGGGGCUGGUACCUACUCAAGGUCAAGUUCCUGCGCAAUCUCAACUUUAUGCUACUGCUCAACAAGCAGGACACUCAAUUCAGCAACAUCCUGUUCGGCCUAAUCAACAGCCAAUGUCUCAACAGUACAGUCAACAUCAUACAUUUCCUGGUCCAUUUCCGAGCCAAUCACACCAGCAAGGUCAUUUUACUCACCAGCAGCCGUUGCAGUCUCAAUUUCGCCCUCAAGGUCUUCCUAAUGUGGUGCCUCAAAGUUUGCAUGCGUAUAUUCAGCCACAGCAAAAUGCCACCUUACCACCUCCCCCACAACCUCAACAAUCUCAAACAUAUAUAGGAAGGCCUGGGAUGCAAAAUCAUGUCCAGUCGAUUUCACAGGCUCAUGGUGGAUAUAAUACUACAGCCCAGGUUAGACCUGUCCAGCCUGCUUUAAGCCAGCCGCAAAUAAAUCCAAGUUAUGGGAGCUACACGAGCAAUGAGCACGAGUCAAUGGAUCAGAAGAAACGGUUAGCCCUAGAGAGUAAAGGUGAUCUGUUACCUGACAAAACUUCAGGAAGGCCAGAAGUGGGAGUUCCUUACCAGGACAAUGCUCAAAAGGAUCUAAAUUCUCUUCCAGCCAAAUCAAUUGAUGACGAGUACAGACAGAGGGCCAGCAGUGAUAUAGAUGUUCAUAAGGGUGAUUCAGAUGAGCUUAUGGACAAAAGAACUGUUAAGGAAGAGGAAAAUGAGAAUUUUUUGAUGCCUAAAUCUGCUUCCAAAUCAGCUGAUGCAACAGUUAAGCCAGACAAAGAUGCCUGUGAUGAUGCUCCAAAAGAACUGGACCAGACUUUGGAAAAGCAUGAAUCUUCUGAUGCUGCUGAUGGUUCGAUUAAGAAACUGAACUCUGGAAGAGAUUCACAUGACUCUACCAUUGACAGAGGGGUUUUUCAGCAGUAUGGGCAUGGGAUGCCACCACCGAAAUAUGGACCGUCUGCGCAGCAAAGGCCCGUUGGUCCUAUGAUAAUAUCACCAGUGCAACCUGCAGGCAGUGCUUCUCAUGCCCAACUCCCUGGAUAUCCCCCCACUGCAAUGAUGCCUUCAGGGGAUGUGCCUCAGGCUGGUCAGCCAUUGAAUUCUCUUGAUCAUCAUCCACAAUUCCUGAAGCAGCCUAGUAGUGCCCCCCUUGGUGGUAUCCCUGGUCCAGGGUCUAUAACAACCUUUGCUAGGGGGCAUGGUCAUUUUCUUCCACCAGGUGAAUUCCCAGAGGGGAUAACGGGAAUAGGAAGAGCACCAUUAAGUGGUGCUGAAAUUCCUAGUGGAACACAACACUCAGUUAAUCCAGCAGAGGCUGAAAUGUUUCAAAACCAAAGGGUGAAUCGGUUUGAAGGAAAUCAACCAAACCCAUUUUCCUCUGGGUCUUUUGAGAAGGUUCCAUUUGGCCAACCUAGAAGUAUGGAAUCAGCUAGGGAUAAAAGGUUGAAGGCGCCUAUGGGGGAGCAUUUAAGUCCUUUGCCAGUGCCUCGCGAUCAAGGAUCAUGGCCACAUGACAAACCUCCUCGCGGAUUAGGAUAUGAUUCUGGAUCAAAAUUUGAGGCCAGUACCGGGGUUCCCCCUAACAGAUUAUUGCCUCCACAUCAUCCUCCUGGUUCGAUGCAUUUCAAGGAUAGUGGAGAAAGAGAAGCACCACUUGGUCCUCAUGACGAUGAUAGAAAAAGGGGAGGAUCUGGAUUUGGUGUGCAUCAUAUGGAUUAUUUGUCUGCCAGAAACCCUGAUGGGGAGUUAUUUAACAUUCCACCACGUGGAUUUGUAAGUCACUCAGGUUUUGAUGAUAUUGGUGGCAGAGAGCCCCGUCAAUUUAUUGAAGGGCCUGGACAUUUCAAUUUACCUUCCAAUCUAGCUGGCGGUUUAUACUCUAAUGGUAGGUUCCAAGCUUUGCCUGGCCAUCCACAUGGAGUAGAGACUGAUGGUCUUGGGGAUUUGAGAGGUGGUGAGCAUACUACCUUUGGUCGUCCUUACAAACAUGUCCAGAGUGGUGAUCUGUUUGGAAAAGACAUGCCUAGUCAUUUGCAUCAUGAUGAGUCUUUGGAUCCUCCGAAAUUACCAAGUCAUUUACGUUUUGAUAAACCUGCUGGCUUUGGUUCCUUCGCUGGCCAUGCCUAUAUGGGGGAGUUGUCUGGGUUUGGAGAUAUUCCUGGUUUUGGUGAAUCAAUUGGACGCAACAAACCUGGUAUGCCACGGUUUGGGGAGCCUGGCUUCAGGAGCAGGUAUCCUGUCCCGGCAUAUCCGAAUCACGGACUUUAUGCAGGUGAUGUGGACUCCUUUGAUAGACCAAGAAAGAGGAAGCCCACGAGCAUGGGAUGGUGCCGCAUUUGCAAGGUUGAUUGUGAAACCGUUGAGGGCCUAGAUAUGCAUUCGCAGACAAGAGAGCACCAGGAUAUGGCUAUGGAUAUGGUCAGGUCUAUCAAGGAGCAAAACCGAAAGAAACAGAAGACUUUUAGUGAUCGUGCUUCAGUUGAAGAGAAAGGGAGGACUAGAAAGGCAGUGUUCGAGAGCCGUGGUAGAAAGACUUGAGCUUGGGAUAGUAGAUAGGAAGUGAAAGGCUGUGUUUGAUGGUUGUAACUAAGCCUUCAGUCAAGCAUUUGCACCGCAAUGUUGCUGCCCUGUUGUUGGAAGAUGGUUUGGAUUGGAAGUUUCUGUGGCAGUUAAGUUGUUUUGCCCAUGGUUUUGAAAACUUAUUUUUCCUGUAUUAGGACAAUUAUGUCAACUUAGUCCUGGUGGAUCUGUAGCUAUAUUCUGCUUUUUCUUGCUUAUGCAACCUAGUUCAGGGAACGUUUCCUGCUAAUUAAAUGUUGCUAUGCGUUAGUUUCAGUUCUUAUGCGAGAGUUCCUAUAAUAUGUAUGCUGUGAUCUUACCUCUGUCUUCUAGUGCUCGUUCAUGCUUCGGGAAUGAAAUAGUAACUAAUUGUGAUGCUUCAUUGGAUAUGGGAUAGUGAAGACCUGAUCCUUAAAAUAAUAACCAUGGAAAUCAUAUCAAAUCAUACCUUUUUUUGUUAUUCCUUAAUUUUUGUUGGGUCAACAGAAGAUUACUUUUCCAUAAAGAAUUGGUAUAGAAGUUCUUCUGUCUGCUUCCUAACCAAAACGCUACCUUCUCUAUUUUGAAAAAAGAAAAAAAAAGCAAAACUGUAUGUGAAGAUCAGUUUUGGCCCUGACAGUGCACAGUUUGCUGUGCAGCAUCUCAAGUAAAAAGGGGCAUUGCCACAUUGGAAUGUCCCCUUCACUUUUCUUAACUAAAUAUUCACUUUGCGUAAGAGGGAUUCUUAUGGCCACUUUUGGGCUGCAGUGAUACAUAAAGCAGAGACGCACACAGUAUCCAGAAAGAAAAAAACUGCUGAGACACAAAGACAACCUGUGAUCCAUGAACGUACUAUACAGUUAGCAACUGGAGUUAAAAUAUAACUUCCGCUUUACAAUUUACCAUCCUAGUUUUUAGAAUAUGUAGAGAACUUGCAGUUUCUAGAAGUCUAAAUUACAUAAAAAAACUUGAAUGGAACUGGUUCUAGUGGAACUAAAUCAUAUUGAUGGUCCAUAUAGCUGACCUCAGCUGGCUUGGGAUUGAGGCGUAGCACUUGGUGAGACAUUCUUUUCAUUGCUUGGAGAUGCUUUUCUGGUCUUAACAUUGAAGUUCAGUUAGGGCGUCUUUUUUUGUUUUUCUAUGGUGUCUCCAUGGUUACUAAAAUUGACCAGUGUAUGAGCUGCGGAGUAAUGUACCAUAGCAACCAUUAGAUUGGUAUAUCAAUACAACUGUGCAAUAAUUAUUAUAAAAAUUUAAAAUUGGUGGCUCUCGGUUAACAGACUAUCAAUAUUAGAUUGCUGUUUUUCUUGAUUGAAGGGAGGGGGUCUGCAUUAUUUAAUGGCCAACCAAAAAAAAGACUAUGAAAAGACACAUUUAUACUCACAAGACUGAAAUCCCCUAGUUCAGAUGACAUGUAAAAUUGGCCGGUGUUUGAGCUGCGGAGUUAUGUACCAUAGCAACCAUUAGAUUGGUAUAUCAAUACUACUGUACAAUAAUUAUUAUGAAAAUUUAAAAUUGGUGGCUCUCGGUUAACAGACUAUUGAUAUUAGAUUGCUGUUUUUCUUGAUUGAAGGGAGGGGGCUUGUAUUAUUUAAUGGCCAACCAAAAAAAAGACUAUGAAAAGACACAUUUAUACUUAUAAGACUGAAAUCCCCUUAGUUCAGAUGACAUGUAAAUGGGGGUUUGGUCGAAGGAGAUCAGUUAGUGAAGAUAAUUAAAGCUUGUUCUUCAUAAUACACAAUCCUUUGAACUUUGAAUAUAAAAUGCAUAACUUCUGUGUAGGGGGUUGGGAGAAGCUUCUCCUGGCCAUUGUCUUCUGCCACACAGCAGUUUUAAAAUUUGUUUUUACUAUAGGGGUCUUUUGUUGUGUAUCUCUUUUAGUACUUGCCUGCAGUUUUAUUUUGUGAUGUUCUCUCAUGCCUUGAGGAUGCAUCAUAAUUUUCAUGGUUCUUUACUCGUUAAUAUUGGAAUUCCUGACUCCCUCUGGCCUAGGUUUGUUAAGCUAAUUUGUCUAUUGCACAAGGUUAUUUCACUAAGCUAGGUUGCUAAUGUUUCGAUCUCUCCAUUCUUGGGACUGGUUACCUGACAGAUGUAGCUUAGUUGUAAAGACUAGGUUUUAAUGAUGGAAAAUAUUCUUGAAGUUGAUCUGGUAUUAUUAUGAUAUUGAACCUCUUUUUGAGAAACAUCUACGAAGUUCUCUGGUCAUCAUAAUUUGAAUACUUUGCAGGAUGUUGACCAUGUAUUUAGGUUAUUCUUUAUUAAGACUUUGAUUCGUUCUAUAUCAUCAAAGUGGAAUUUAGCCAUAAGACCAUACAGGUUGCUGAAACAAAAUUGAUGGACAUACAAUCAGAGGCGAAUCUAGGAUUUUUUAAAUAUGGGUGCACCAAGAAAAAUGUAUUAAGUGGGAAUUGAUACUCAGUCUUCAAAGUCAAAAGCUCAACAUUUAACCAUGUGGACCAACUAGGCUUUUUAUAGUACGGAUGCAAGAAUAUAAUAUUAUACAAAUGUUAGAAAAUAUAUACAUAAAAUAUCUAAUUUUACGAAGAGACCACGGGUUCGGGUGCCCUAUUUUUUGCACCUAAAUUCGCCACUGCAUACAAUGUCAGUGUACUAACAUAAAGGAAAGCCACCGAACAGAAAGUAAUAAAGACGGUCUAUGACAGUCCAUACUAUAACAAAAUUGAUGGACAAACAAUUCAACAUCAUCGUAAUUAACAUCAAGAAAGAACAGGGUACAAAAAGGAGGCUAUAAUCCUUCACGGCAACACUAGUGUAAAGAACUGUGAACAAAAAGGAACCAGGAUCUGUUGGAGACGUGGAUUUUCACAUAUUUAAUAAUCUCAGUUGUUGUCUAUGAUGGAGGGUUGAUGUUGAUAUGGAGAGCUGGAGACCACGACUAAGAUUCCUGAAUAUAUGAUUAAGAGGUCAUAAAAAGUGUUUUCUGUUGCAGUUUUUUUGUUAAAUAUGUAUGAGCCAUUUUUAUUUUAGUUUUUGAUCAAAAGGGGUGUAUGAGCCAUUUUUGAUAAAUAAGAAGUGUUCCCAAAUCGUUGUUGUUAAUGAUGCCUGUAGUUUUGACAACAAUUGCUUGAUAUAGGUUAAACCAUGGAGCUUCAUAAACUUUAGUGCCAGAGACACGAUGCAGAGUUUGUAGAUUGAGGUGCUUUCUUAGUAUGUGUUACAGGAGCAUAGCAAGGUUACAUCUAACCAUCUAAAAGGAUAAGGGAGCCUUUUGUAUUCUGUGUUAAUCUGACUAGGAACUUGUAUAUAUGAGCUUUUAGUCAGGUUAUGGAAUCCAGUUCUUUGCCUUGGAACACAUGCAUGUGCUGCUUUUGAAGUGUUUUUGUUAAUACUGUGUUAUGCAGAAAGCCAGAAACUGGGAUAUCUGACGAGCCAAAACAUUACUGAAUUUUGCAUAUACUAACUUGCUUUCUUUCCUUGCUCGAUUUUGGGGGGAAGCCUAGGUGAAUGUUAAGUAAUAAAAAGGGCGAACUGCAGUUGCUGUACAGCAUAUUAUGUAGUAAACAUGCAAAAUAAGCAAUGGUAGUUCAUAUUGCUAAAAAAUAGUUUAGCAAUGUUGCAAGCAGGAACUCCAGUUCCACAUGGGAAAAUUAGUCUAGCUAAGUGCAGUACCACUAUAUUCUGCUGGACUAAUGUUGACAGGAUGAACCCAAUGUAAGAUCUUCUCAAUUGCACGACGAAGCAGCUAGACAUCCCUGAGGGAUCCUUUGUCAUUAAUUAGGAGUGGUUACACAUUUCAACUUCCAUUGCAGGCUGUUUAUGGAAGUACAACCAUCAGGAAGAAUGUUGUAGUAUUUGUUUGUAAAAUAAAAAGGGGAUCCUCAAUGUAGGCAGUGCUUUUAUUUUUCUACCUUUGUUCUUUGAUAAACAAACUCUUUAAUCUUUCCCUUCAUUUUGAUAUUAGAGCUGGAAGAGUAAAUACAGCUCUAAGUUAAUUUCACCCUGUAAAGGCUGUUGUGGGAUGUAUUAGUUACAGUAAGUAAAGAUGAUUGAUGUGAAGAUAUGUACACUUUUCUUCAAGUUAAAGCAAAUGAUUUGUAAAUG